AUGCCGGCUGAGCGAUUCGUGGUGGUGGCUGUGAUUUGCGCUCUGGUGGCGCAAAACUGCCGUGGAGAGCUUGUGGCUCAUGUGCAGGAGCUGAAUCCCGUGCCUGAAUCCUCUCUGCUCAAGCCCAAAGUCAUGAUCGCGAUCCUGGCUCGGAAUUCGGCGCACAGCCUGCCGUACUACCUGGGCUGCAUCGACAGCCUGGACUACCCAAAGGACCGGAUUGCGAUAUGGGCUGCAACGGACCAUAAUGUGGACAACACCACAUCCAUGCUGAGAGAAUGGCUGAAGAACAGUCAGAGCAGAUACCAUUAUGUGGAGUGGAGGCCCAUGGAGGAGCCACGGUCAUACACAGAUGAGUGGGGGCCGAAACACUGGGCUCCAUCUCGUUUCAGUCAUGUAAUGAAGCUCAGACAGGCGGCGCUGAAGGCUGCACGAGAGCGCUGGGCUGAUUAUAUACUGUUUGUCGACAGUGAUAACCUCCUGACCAACCCACGGGUGCUGGAUCUCAUGAUGGCAGAGAAUCUCACACUGGUGGCACCCAUGUUGGAUUCCCGAUCGCUCUACUCAAACUUCUGGUGUGGCAUCACACCUCAGGGUUAUUACAAGCGCACCCCAGACUACCAGCCUAUCCGUGAGUGGAAGCGUUUGGGCUGUUUCAUGGUUCCCAUGGUGCACUCCACCUUCCUGCUGGAUCUGAGACGUAGCGCCACACUCGACAUGGCUUUCCACCCACCUCACCCCGACUACAGCUGGGCGUUUGAUGACAUCAUGGUCUUUGCAUUCUCCGCACGACAAGCUGGUGUACAGAUGCAUGUAUGUAACAGAGAACAUUACGGUUUUCUGCCUGUCCCGCUGAAGGCCCAGCAGAGUGUAGAAGAUGAGGAGGAGAGUUUCACACACACCAUCACUGAGGCCAUGAUUGAUCAUCACAUAAAACCCUCUGAGUUUCUCUUCACUCCACCCAAAUCCCAGGACAAGAUGGGCUUUGACGAGAUCUUUCUGAUUAAUCUGAAGCGGAGGUUGGACCGGAGGGAACGGAUGUUGAACACAAUGGCAGUGCUGGGACUUGAGGCCACGCUGAUUGAUGCUGUAGAUGGCAAGGGUCUCAAUACAUCUCACCUUCAAGCUCUAGGUAUAGAAAUGAUGCCGGGAUAUAAAGAUCCAUACUCUAAUAGGGUGCUGACGCGUGGAGAGAUCGGCUGUUUCCUCAGCCACCACUUCACCUGGAAGCAGGUGGUGGAGAGGGGACUGCAGCAUGUGCUGGUGUUAGAGGAUGACGUGAGGUUUGAGCCUCAAUUUAAAAGGAGGUUACAGACCAUCAUGGAGGAUGUUUACAAAGCUCAGCUAAACUGGGACCUCAUAUAUGUGGGCCGUAAACGGAUGCAAGUAGCUCAGCCGGAGGUGUCCGUAGAGGGUGUUAAUAAUCUGGUGGAGGCUGAUUACUCAUAUUGGACUCUAGGUUAUGCCCUUUCACAGCAGGGGGCCAAGAAACUCCUCGCUGCUCAGCCGUUCGGCAAGAUGCUCCCUGUGGAUGAGUUCCUGCCAGUCAUGUUCAACAAACACCCAAAUACGGCAUACAUGUCUCACUUUGAUCCCAGAGAUCUGGGUGCUUUCUCUGUUGAGCCUCUGCUGUUGUACCCAACACACUAUACAGGUGAGCCGGGUUACUUCAGCGACACAGAGACCUCCACUAUUUGGGAUGACGAAGCCAUCAACACAGAUUGGGACAGACAGUAUGCUAAAAAAACUGCUCAGCAGGAACAAAUUCGCUCUGUUGCUCAGAACAGCGUCACUGGGGACACACCACCACCUGCGUCCCGAGCCACACGAGACGAACUCUGAGUCCUCAACGUUUUCUCAAACUUCACAACUGAAUGACAAAACACACUGAUUCAUAGACAACUCACUCCUCAAUAUCCAGCAGUCCCCUCCUCCCUGGCGACACUUCGGCCAAUAGCAUGACAGCUGGCUGGGAUGCUCGAACACCAUUGGCUGGCUGGUUGAUUUUGUGCAAAGACACACAAGCUCCUUUUAUUUUCACUUAUUUAUUUCAUCAUGCCUUCCAGGGACCAAACUGUCCUCGGUGGACACUUCAAAGUGCGGAAGGACUGGACGGAGGAACAUAGACAAAUGGAAGUUAGAUUUGGGUUUGCUAGUGGAUGAACAUGAUAGAUUAAUCUUUGUUUUAAUGUUUGCUUUUCAAAUUUUUUUUCUUUUGUAAUAUAAGAACAGAUACAGUUUAUGCGCAGAGUACAGAAUAAAAAAAAUUCUGAUGCCUGUUUACAUUUCUACUGUAUAUUGUCAGGAAGGAAAUUAUAUUUUAAAUUGAUAUAGCAUCACAAAUUCACUUUUAAAAUGUAAUUCAUGUGUCAAUAAAAUUAAGAGCAGUGUUUUAUCUAAAACACAUUACAUUUUCUUAAAAGGUGAACAUGUGACUUUUGACAUCAUUCACUGGUCAUUAAGUAUGUGAUUUAUUUCUUUUUUCUUUUUUAUGAAUAAGAGCAACUGUACAAACAACUGUACAAGUACAACGCUUCAAAGUGUGUGUGAGACAAAAGGUGUUUUGUGUUAUUGUGGACAUCAUAUUGUCAGUAAUUCCUUCCAGAAUAUUCCAGAAGGCUCAUGUGUCUGAAAAAGUGUAUGAUUCUACUGGGCAUCAUGUCAACUAUCAUAAUUUGAAAUGGCUGGAUGCAAACGCCCUCAUUUUUCCAAACAAACUUGGAUUUUUCCACUCAGCAGGCUGGCUCCUGUUCUCUGACUGUUGAUUUCAUUACCAUCUUUGAUAUCUGAAGAUGUCAUGGUGCUGGUGGUGGGCUGAUUCAAUAAAAGUGACUGAUCAAUAA